AGGAGGCUUGUGUCAGAGAGCGCCACACUUUGUGUGAGUUGACACUGUAGAGAUCAAAUCAAACAACAUGAGUGGAAGAGGUAAAACCGGAGGCAAAGCCAGAGCGAAGGCAAAGACCCGCUCCUCCCGUGCUGGGCUCCAGUUCCCGGUCGGUCGUGUUCACAGGCUGCUGCGCAAAGGAAACUAUGCGGAGCGUGUGGGUGCCGGUGCCCCCGUCUACCUGGCGGCUGUGCUGGAGUACCUGACCGCUGAGAUCCUGGAGUUGGCGGGAAACGCAGCCCGUGACAACAAGAAGACCCGUAUCAUCCCCCGCCACCUGCAGCUGGCUGUCCGCAACGACGAGGAGCUCAACAAGCUCCUGGGCGGAGUGACCAUCGCUCAGGGCGGCGUGCUGCCCAACAUCCAGGCUGUUCUUCUGCCCAAGAAGACCGAGAAGCCCGCCAAGAAGUAGAUCAGCUGGAAACACCAACACAAAGGCUCUUUUAAGAGCCACACACUCACCUCUCAAAGAGCAGUUCCUCGUGUCUCUGAUGUACCAUACAAGUAUUUACUGCACAAAUGAUGCACAAUCACAGCAGGAUUAGACUCUAAUCACCAGUAGGAUCAUAGAUCAGGAUGCUCGCGAGGCACCAGUAACUCGCCCCCUGUUAUAGUUUAUUUAUUCAUAUAGUGUGUAUAUUUGUUCACCCAAAGGCUUUGAGAAUAGAGUCUGUACAAACUAUGGAUGUAGUUCAACCUU